AUGCCCACACAGAGAAUCGGCAUAGCCCGCUUUCUAUAUAAGAUCAAGGCGCAAGAGAGUGACCGCUGCAGCUGCAGGGAGAGAUCCCCCUGCCCCCAAGCACGUUCUGCUGGCAUGCUCCCGCUUUGCAAGCCUACGCAAUUAGGUGUCUGAUAAGAUCCCCGCACGCACGGAUCUUGGGGCUACUAUUCACUAUGACUCGCUCAUAUCAUACCCGCAGGCGAUCCGCUACAUCGCCGAAUUCAUGCUGCAAACACAGUUCAGCUAGGUCGAACUCGAUCCUGACCCUGAACAGGCAAUGCCGGACCCGCGCUAGAAACACGUAGGCCUCAGGGCCAUGGGGAUACACGCUGAAGAUGCUGGGUAAAAGGAACGGCACACGCCCUGUUUGAGUCAGCAGGGAAGGUCAAACGAGCAGAAGGAACAGGCAUGUUGGGAGCAAGGUAAUGAACGAAGAACGGGGAGAAUGGGCUCGCGGGCAGCCGGCCGGCUGCGACACUCGUUUAUAUUUACCUUGUGUG